AGAGUUUUAUCUGAGGCAACAAGUAGGUCCGAGCAUGUCCUCAGACCUUUUCUCCCUCCUCGCCAGUAAAGGCCCUGCACCGGAAAUUACGGUUCACUUCCCCGGUUCCCUGCCCUUCACCAUGCGCCCAAUCGACUACCAUCAUCCGGGUGUCGACCAUCGUUCGUUUCGCUCGUUAUCCCAAGGUGACGACGAGGAAUACCAUAUCCUGGCCUCGGCGCCUCGCAAGGAUGGCGAAAACACCACUUUUGACUACACCGCCUGGUCCGAGAAAGAAUGGCCGGCUGUCACUUUCUGUGGCGAUCGACGACCUGAUGAUGAUGUUCAAACGUCAACCUCCGGUUCGACUCAAGUCCGCAGCCAGCGUCUCGCCCUGAAGUUCGCAAAUCGCGUUGGCGCUCGACACGAUGGCUUUGGCAACAUACUCCAUGAGAGAUAUCUCGAGGAAGCUGUAUUCUACGCAGAGACGCUUAAAGGACUGCAAGGAGAGGCCGUACCCAUCCACUAUGGCGUUUGGACCGGCUCUGCGCCAUGGGGUGCCACAGUGACAUGCGCCAUCAUGCAAUGGGCCGGUGAUCCUUACACGCGCCGCAUUCGAACGAUUGAAAGAAGGUACGAAGCUCCUUCUUCAGCUCACCUGCGUCACUUACAUCCGACGGUAGCCUGAAGGUCGUGGAG